GCUCCUACCCGGCGCGUUGGUCCGGACCGCACGCGAGCCGCGGGGAGUCGCCGCUGGAGAAGGGCUCGGCGCCCGGCGGGGACUGCAGGCGAUGACUCAGGAUGCAGCCAGGGGCCACGACGUGCACGGAGGACCGCAUCCAGCAUGCCCUGGACCGCUGCCUGCAUGGGCUCAGCCUCAGCCGCUGCUCCACCUCCUGGUCAGCUGGCCUGUGUCUCAACUGCUGGAGCCUGCAGGAGCUGGUCAGCAGGGACCCGGGUCACUUCCUCAUCCUCCUGGAGCAGAUCCUGCAGAAAACCCGAGAGGUCCAAGAGAAGGGCACUUAUGACCUUCUUGCACCCUUGGCCCUUCUCUUCUACUCCACUGUCCUCUGCACGCCACACUUCCCACCUGAUUCAGAUCUCCUUCUGAAAGCAGCCAGGACCUACCACCGCUUCCUGACCUGGCCCGUUCCCUACUGCAGCAUCUCCCGGGAGCUGCUCACCUUCAUCGAUGCUGAGCUCAAGGCCCCAGGAAUCACCUACCAGCGGCUGGUGAGGGCCGAGCAGGGCCUGCCCAUUAGAAGUCACCGCAGCUCUACUGUCACUGUGCUGUUGCUGAACCCAGUGGAGGUACAAGCGGAGUUCCUCGCUGUGGCCAACAAGUUGAGCACGCCCGGGCACUCGCCCCACAGCGCCUACACCACCCUGCUCCUGCACGCCUUCCAGGCCACCUUCGGGGCCCACUGCGACCUCCUGGGGCUGCACGGCCAGCUGCAGUCCAAGAGCCUGGCCGAGCUCGAAGACAUCUUCACGGAGACUGCGGAGGCCCAGGAGCUAGCUUCCGGCAUCGGGGACGCAGCCGAGGCCCGGCAGUGGCUCCGGGCCAGGCUGCAGGCAGUGGGAGAGAAAGCUGGCUUCCCCCGCGUCUUAGACACUGCCACACCUGGUCAGCUCCGGACCAUCCCCAUCCCUGUCGCCAGGUGUCACACGUACAGCUGGAACCAGGACAGCUUUGACAUCCUGCAGGAAAUCCUGCUCAAGGAACAGGAGCUGCUGCAGCCAGGGAUCCUGGGGGAUGAUGAGCAGGAGGAGGAGGAGGAGGAAGAGGAGGAGGAGGAGGACUUGGAAACGGACGGGCACAGUGCCCAGAGGGACUCCCUGCUCUCCACCAGUUCCGCAGUCUUCCACGACUCCACCCUGUCCCUUGCCUCGUCCCAGGCCUCAGGGCCCACCCUGUCCCGCCAGCUGCUGACCUCCUUCGUCUCGGGCCUCUCGGACGCCAUGGACAGCGGCUACGUGGAGGACAGCGAGGAGAGCUGCUCCGAACGGCCCAAGAGGCCGGACAGCCAGGAGCGCCGCGGCCACCGCAGGCCCGGGCACAAGUUCAACCGGAUCUAUAAACUCUUCAAGAGCACCGGCCAGCUGGUGCUGCGGAGGGACUCCCGGGGCCUGGAGGGGGGCUCGGACUCGGGCCUGCCCCUGCGGCGGGCGGGGAGCCUCUGCAGCCCCCUGGACGGCCCGGCGCCGCCCCCCGCGCGGGCCCAGCGCUCCCGCUCGCUGCCGCAGCCCAAGCUCAGCGCGCAGCUGCCCAGCUGGCUCCUGGCCCCUGCCUCGCGCCACCAGCGCCGCCGCCCCUUUCUGAGCGGGGACGAGGACCCCAAGGCGUCCACGCUCCGCGUCGUGGUCUUCGGCUCGGAUCGCAUUUCGGGGAAGGUGGCUCGGGCCUACAGCAACCUGCGGCAGCUGGAGAACAACCGCCCGCUCCUCACACGGUUCUUCAAGCUCCAGUUCUUCUACGUUCCCGUGAAGCGAAGCCAUGGGGCCAGCGCCUGCCCCACCCCUGCCAGCCAGACGCCCCCACUCCCCACAGACUCCCCGAGGCACCCCAGCCCUGCGGAGCUGGAGAGCACCAAUGACAUCUCCCACUACCUCGGCAUGCUCGACCCCUGGUAUGAGCGCAACGUGCUGGGCCUCAUGCACCUGCCCCCCGAAGUCCUGUGCCAGCAGCAGUCUCUGAAAGCGGAAUCCCGGCCCCUGGAGGGCUCCUCGGCCCAGCUGCCCAUCCUGGCGGACAUGCUGCUCUAUUACUGUCGCUUCGCUGCCCGGCCGGUACUGCUGCAGGUCUACCAGACAGAGCUGACCUUCAUCACGGGGGAGAAGAUGACCGAGAUCUUCAUCCACUCCCUGGAGCUGGGUCACUCUGCCGCCAUGCGUGCCAUCAAGGCUUCGGGUCCUGGCAGCAAGCGUCUGGGCAUCGAUGGAGACCGCGAGGCCGUCCCUCUAACACUACAGAUUAUUUAUAGCAAGGGGGCCAUCAGUGGCCGAAGCCGCUGGAGUAACAUGGAGAAGGUGUGCACCUCCGUUAAUCUCAGCAAGGCCUGCCGGAAGCAGGAGGAGCUAGACUCCAGCAUGGAGGCCCUGACGCUAAACCUGACGGAGGUGGUGAAAAGGCAGAACCCCAAGUCCAAGAAGGGCUUCAACCAGAUUAGCACGUCACAGAUCAAAGUGGACAAGGUGCAGAUCAUUGGCUCCAACUGCUGCCCCUUCGCCGUGUGCCUGGACCAGGAUGAGAGGAAGAUCCUGCAGAGUGUGGUCCGGUGUGAGGUCUCCCCGUGCUACAAGCCGGAGAAGAGCAGCCUCCACGCCCAGCCCCAGCAGUCCCCUGACCUGCCGUCCCAGGCUGCGCCGGACCUCUGCUCCCUCCUCUGCCUGCCCAUCAUGACCUUCAGCGGAGCUCUGCCCUAGUGGGGCCCUCACAACCCAGGACAGGAAGCCCCGAGCAGGCAGCCUCCACGGAGGCCCUCCCCACGCGGUGGCCGGUCUUGCUCCCUGUGGGGAACUGGAUGGCCCUCUGUGGGAUCAGACCCUACUGUGGGCCCGGACAGCGGGCAGCGGGUUGAUGGUUUCUGGGCCCUCUGGGCUGUGGCCAGCUACACUGACCCUCAGAUUCCUCACGGUAGAGAGGCGGGGGAUGGAUGAGCUGACUCCAGAGGCCCUGGCCACUUGUGUGGUCUAGGACCCUUUCUAGAAAGAUCUGAGGUUCUGGUGCUCCAUGGUGUGGUUAGGCCUCCUCUCCCAACCCUUGGCUGGGCCCCCCUCCUUAGUUUGUCAAAGUCUUGGGAACGCUUUGUAUCUGGGGUUCAGUCCCCUCUAUUCUGGGGUUCAGGUGGUAGAAACAAGGCUAGGAGUUUCUUCCCAGACCUUCAGUAGCACCCCUCCCCCCAUGUCUCUCUCUGUCUCAGAAAUUCCCUGGGUCUUCUGGGAAAACAGCACUAAUGCUUUACCUGUCUACACUCAGCCCCGGGAGCCCCUUUCUGGCUCGGAGAGCCUUGGGUUCAACAGCAGUCCGGUUACCUUUCUAGCUCAGUGACCAGAAGGAAGGGACUUAGCUUCUCCGAGCCUCCAUGUCUUCAGCACUAAGACCUUCAGGGGUUGAAAAGAAAUUGCCUGCUAAGUGCCUGGCCCAGUGGCCCGCUCAUGGCCAGUGCUCAGUACGGAUGAGCGGCCUCACCCUUAAGGGCCAAGUACCCCCCCCCCCCCCCCCCCCACCUGGCACUGGGACACCCUCAUGGGCUCUGGGAUGCCCUUCACUCCACCUUGAGGCAGGACUGAGACUGCGGGGGUGAGGAGUGGUUAGGUUCACCUUCCGAAGGAGGAAUGGCCUUGGCGAGGGUAAGAGGAUGGUUGCACGGGAGCCCCCCAGUCCUCGCUGACGUCUCUCCUGGGUUGGGCCCCAUGACCCCCGCUCCCACGUCAGGCCUUAGGCUGGUGUGUAUAUGGAGGCUUCCAGCCCCAAAAUCCACGGACCCCAUUCUGGCACCUGGGCGGGAUCCCAGAGGGGGCGAGGGAGAGCCUGGCCUCCAGGCGCUUUGUGCCUGGCUGGGGGGAAUGGGUCACGGGACACGAGAGCCAAAAACAAAGUUGUCGGGUCUGAGUGGUUUGGAAGCUGGAAGCAAAUGUGGGCUAGGGCGGUAGGGGGGCAGGCAGGGCCGAGGACGGGAUUUGGAUGGGACAGGUGUGGAGAAAGUAGCCAUGGGAGAGGACCGCAUCCCUCCCAGAGACCCUCCAUCCCCUCCUUCUCCUGCUUCACCUGGCUCCAAAGGUUCAGGCUUACAGGAGCCCCCAAACCCCAGCCCAGACUACUCACCACCAGAGAGCAGUGACUGGAGCCGGCUCUGCCCUGCGUCACCGCCCCCUGCCCCGUCCCCACCACCCAUACUUGCUCUGGGCUCCGAGAGCGGCCAGCCAUAGACUUUCCAAAGUAUUCUGUUGUGUGAACAGGUUACUACAGGAUAAACCAAUAUCCAUGAAUAAAUGAAUAGAAUUUAAUAUUAUUUUCAAAAAAAACUUGA